AAGCCCAGGGCUGCAAUGGCGGCCGGGCCUGUUGCAAAAGAAACCACACUUCCCAGCAUGCCCCGGGAGGCGAGCUCCAACGCGUCACGUGACCCUGCGAACUUUACCUCAUCCGCGCCGUGCCUGGAGUUCAGUUCCGCGGCCGCCGCCCCCUUCCUGAGAGAGGAGCCGGGAGAGCGGGCGAUGGAGCUUCAGGCGGGGGCUUACAGGGACGCCUCAGCCUCCGCCCCACCCCGCGAGCGGGAGAGGAAGCUGCAGCAGGAGAAGCUCUCCGGGGUGGUGAAGAGCGUCCACCGGCGCCUCCGCAAGAAGUACCGUGAAGUGGGAGACUUUGAUAAAAUCUGGCGUGAACAUUGUGAGGACGAGGAAACUUUGUGUGAAUACGCUGAAGCAAUGAAAAACUUGGCAGACAAUCACUGGACUAAAGCCAGCGAAGGAGAGGGUCGUAUUGAGUGGUGCUGCAGUGUAUCACGGGAGUAUUUUCAAAAUGGUGGAAAACGGAAAGCUCUGGAAAAAGAUGAGAAAAGAGGAAUCUUUACAAGCAAAGUUAUUCCAAACACAGGCAUUCAUCCAACUCCAAAAACUGAAAAUUCUUCAGAAAAUUCAAAUCAUACUUCUUUAACAGAUGAAUUGCUUCAUCCUUCAGGAAAGAUUAGACUACUUGAUGUUGGAAGCUGUUUCAACCCAUUUUUGAAGUUUGAAGAAUUUUUGACUGUUGGUAUUGAUAUUGUCCCAGCUGUUGAGACUGUCUACAAAUGUGACUUCUUAAACCUUCAGAUUCAGCAGCCUCUUCAGCUUGCACAGGAUGCCAUCGAUGCUUUUUUGAAACAGCUGAAAAAUCCCAUUGAUUGUUUGCCUGGAGAGUUAUUUCAUGUUAUAGUCUUCUCCCUCCUUCUUUCUUACUUCCCUUCGCCCUAUCAACGGUGGAUAUGCUGCAAAAAAGCCCAUGAACUCCUUACCUUAAACGGAUUGCUACUCAUUAUAACUCCUGAUUCGUCCCAUCAGAAUCGCCACGCCAUGAUGAUGAAAAGCUGGAAAAUUGCUAUCGAAUCCUUGGGUUUUAAACGUUUCAAGUACUCCAAGCUCUCUCACAUGCAUCUAAUGGCAUUUAGAAAGAUCUCUCUCAAAACAACUAGUGACUUGGUAAGCAGGAACUACCCAGGAAUGUUGUACAUCCCCCAGGAUUUCAACAGUAUAGAAGAUGAGGAAUUUUCUAAUAAUUCCUGCUAUAUCCGAUCAGAUGCUGAAGAUGAACAACUUGCAUAUAGUUUCAUGGAACUCCCAGACGCUCCUUAUGACUCAGACUCAGGGGAGAGCCAGGCCAGCUCUAUUCCUUUCUAUGAGCUAGAAGACCCUAUAUUGCUUCUAACUUAGUGUAACAGUUAAAAUCUACUUUGAAGUCCAAGCUCCAUUUACUGUAAAACUAAUCUUGCUAAACUGACAUCUGCUCUGCACAUAAAACAUUUGUGGAAAGGAAGUACAAAAAGAUUUCCUAAAACUGUCACUAUUUUUUUCUACUUCUGAAUUUUAAAAUUUAUUCUUGUAUUGAAAAGUUGAAGUGUGUGUGUUAUGCAGAAUGGCUCAUGUGAUCGCAUGAACAGGGUUUGAUUUACUAUUUGUAUCAGUAAAAUAUUCCAGAAAGGUACGGUUUAUCCUUUCCUCCAGUGCUGUGAAGCUGUGAUUCUGAAAUAUAUACCAAUGUAUCUUGAUUUGAUUUUUUUUUUUUACUUUCUGCAUUGGUUGAGAUUCAUGCUAGCAUUUCUCAGUUGUUUGAGCAUAAAAGAUAAUAUGCACUGGUGAUGCCUAAGAAAGAGACUUAGCUUUUGACUUGAAAAAACAACAAUAUAUAGAAAGAACAGAGUUUAGUGUGAAUUGAUCUUGAUCUAGUGAAAUGCAAAUGUCUGCUUAAUAACUUGUCUGUAACGUUGCAACUGGAACAUUUUGUAGGAUACCAUCCUCUCUGUCCUCAGAAAAAUACAUAACAUUCAGGUUUAGCUCUCUGCUCCCACUUCUGAUAGAAUAUUAGAAUAUUCUAACAUUUCAUACAGUACUGUUUUACACCGCAUUAUGCAGCAAAGUGUUCAAGUAGGAAAUGUGAACUUUCAAAAGUUUUGCAUUAAAUGAUAUUGGCAAAUGUUUGAUAAUCCUGAUCUUGUAGACAUUAAUAUUUUUCUUUGCAAUGUGUCCCAUCAACUGUAAGUGAAAAUAAUACAAUUUUGGAAAGCUUUCUAGAAGCUAAUCUUCAUAUAUUUUUAAAAGAUAUUUGGAAUCAAAGGAAUCAGUUUCUUUGAUAGUAAUUUUAAAAAGUACUUUGUUCACAAUAUGCUGAAACAAACCCCUUUUAACCAAGUUUGCUUUACUUCCUGCACUAUUCUCAACUGCAUCACAUUUUUUAACUGUAAGAAUUGCAUACAUAUGCUUCAAGCCAACACUUAACAGGAAAAUGAUUUUUUAUUAUUAUUAUAAAGGUGCAAAACCAUUUCUCUAUCAAGUAUUCGCAUGAAGCAUUUGUAUUUGUGUGACUCCGGGUUUUGGCCAGUACAUGUUCUGUAGUUUCAAAAAGAUAGUGUUAACAUUAAGCAGGUUAGCCAAGUGCCAUUUCAGGAGUAUCACCACACAGCUUGAAAGGUAGAGAGGGGAGUGUGGUUUCUUUAUGAAAUACAGUGUACACUCUCCAACCAAAACUUUGCACUAAAGUUUCACAGUUGACUUCUGCAUUUGCUUUUUGCAUAAUGUGCUAGGUAGUUCAUAUAUAAAAAUAGUCAUAAAUGGUGAUGUCGCUUUGUAUGAAAGCAUUUUCUUUAAGCUCUUGUAACUGAUCUUUAAAAAGCCCCAAAAUGUCCUGAUUUUGUUUUCAAGCAUUUGUAUUUGUGUGACUCCGGGUUUCUUUAAAAAGCCCCAAAAUGUCCUGAUUUUGUUUUCAAGCAGUAAUCCUACUAAACUUUUUUUCAUAAUACAAGAUCUAAAUACUUCUUGGAAUAGCAGCCUCAGCUUGCCCUAAUUCUUGGGCCACAAUAGUAUGGUCUUCUCUCCCUCUCUUUAAUUGCUGAUAGGGCAGUGAACCUUCAAUUUAAAUGAGAUUUAGAAAUAUUCUCUUGCUGAUUCUCCACCCGGGCAGUCUCUUUUCUAUGGAUUUCUUCUCAAGGGUAGCUUUUUGCAGGAAAAUUGAGGAGGAUUGCUGAAAUGAAAUAAAACUACUGUUGCUGGAAACAAGUAUCAGCUUGAGAAAUAUCCUGUCCAUUCUCACUGUGCAUCAGAGAAUUGGACGAUGAAAAGUUGCAUACCAAAGUUGCUUGAGUUAUCACUUAUCUAUAUUGAAUUCAAUGUUAGACUAUGCACUUUUAAAAAGGAAAUAGUCAGUAGCUUCCAGCCUCUAGGCAAAAUUUGACAACUUAUUUGUAUUCAAGCUAAAGUGGACUGUGGAUCAACUAACAUAACAGUAGUAGUUUCAAGAUAUCACAUUCUAGUGGAUUUUCAGAAGCCCUUGAACAAAACAAGUUGCUGAUCAAGCAAAUUGCAGUUUGCCUAUAUUAAUGCUUAAUAUUUUUCAUAACUUAGUUUUUGAAGAGCUUCUUUUUUUUAGUUCUUGCAGUAGUUAAAAACAUGUUGGUGCUGUCCUUUCAAUUAUAUAAUACUGAUUACUUCUCUAAAAUGUGCAUGAUGUGCUGUUUAUUAGCAAAAAGUCCUCAGAACUCCUUAGCACAAUGCACUUCUGUUAUAUUGUGUGUAUCAAUGUCACUGUUUUCCCCAUUCAUUCACAUGAUGGAAUCCAGGUCAUGGUGUAUGUAGAUUAAAUUGCUUAAAAGUUGGAAUGGUAGAAGUUGGCCAAUAAUAAUGGAUGGCUUGGUGACAGUGUUAUGGGUGUUUCAUUAGAGAAAAAAGCUUUGAUUAUUGUUGUUGUUUUGGUACCCUAAUGUAGAUACAGCUUUCAAAAUGAUGUUUUUCCUGGAAUUGAUAGUUGUGGGUAUGGUGAUUUUUAAAAACCAUAGUUUUGCUUCUUUUGAGAAAUUUUCACUGGGGUUUCACUAGAAAUGCAGCUUUCAGGAUGCCUACACAGAUCUGAAAGACUUCUUGAGAUUCCAAUGACAAGGAAAAUAUCUAGAUCUGUGGGAAGAAAGCGUGCCACCAAACUUUGCAUUUGUUUUUUUUUCCUUCUGUUCUGUGAGUGAGUGCAUUAAAAGAAAAAGUGCAAACAGA